CUUCAGGAGCACAGUCUUCACUUCAUGUAGUAACUUCUCUUCCGCACAGACAACGUUACCACCGCCAAUAUGGCCGCCAUGCUGGCAUUCAAGCUGCUCAUCGCAUUUCUCCUUCCCCUCGUUUCCGCGCUCAAGUUCGACAUCCAAGCACACCCCGGCCACGAAUCGGCAUCCAAAGAGCGCUGUAUACGCAACUUUGUCGCCAAGGACCAGUUGGUUGUCGUGACGGCGACAAUCAGCGGCAGCAAGGGCGAUGGCCAGACAUUGAACAUGCAUAUCAAAGACGCUGUAGGAAACGACUACGCCCGCCCUCGCGACGUCGCCGGCGAGGCCCGCUACGCUUUCACAUCACACGCCGACAGCGCCUUUGACGUCUGCUUCGAGAACAUCCUCACCGGCCACGGCACUUACUCUUCUCCCUCGCGACAUGUAGAACUCGACAUCGACAUAGGCGCCGAUGCCAAGGACUGGUCUGCGAUCCAAGCCGGCGAGAAGCUGAAGCCCGUCGAAGCCGAGCUUCGCCGCAUCAGCGAGGUCGCGAAAGAGAUCGUGGACGAGCUGGACUACCUGCGUGGGAGAGAGAUGAAGCUGAGAGAUACAAAUGAGAGUACGAAUGAGCGCGUGAAGUGGUUUGCGAUUGGAACGAUGGGCAUGUUGGUUGCGUUGGGAGUGUGGCAGAUUGUAUACUUGAGGGCCUACUUCAGGAGCAAGCAUUUGAUCUAGAUGGGACAUGAAUUACAAGCUGUCAAUAUGAGAUGCUUCUCGUGAUUCCCUAUGGAAAUGGAUAUCGGCGACGCGGCACAGAAACGAUGACGAGUUGUUUUCGAAACGGAAAAGCGAGGCGUGGGGACAACAAGGGUAACGGGCAUGCAUGGUGGCUGGGCUUCGAUAUGCAUACUACUACGAUUGCUCUGUUCGUCCAGCAGUGGACAUAUGAAUGUAACGAUAGAGGUACAGAUAUAAAAACAACAGAAAAGUUCUCGAAAACAUCCUACGCCAUGCUUCCGAGCCCGAUG